UCGUCGUGCAUGUGUCUUCUGUUGCCGCGAUCGUCGUGAGAAGAAGUUGUACUCCUCCGUCGUCGGAAACCCUAGCGCGAGCACGAGUUGGUGGUGGUAGGGUUGAUCUUCCUCUCGGGAGGGAUCGAUCUGCCGCCGGCGCGCCGGCCGUCUCCGCCGUCGUGCACGUCCCCUUCUGUUGCCGCGAUCGCCGUGAGCAUUUUACUCCUAGUUGGAACCCUAGCGCGAGCCCGACGCAUCAACCGAGCUGGUGGGGGUAGGGUUCCUCUUCCUCCCGGGUGGGAUCUGCCGCUGGCGCGCCGGCCGUCUCCGCCGUCGCCGUUGAUCGCUCCAACCAGAUAAGUGUUGGCGAGCGCGGCUAGGGUUAGGGCCGGCUCCUCUUGCCCUUGAGCGUGGCCUAGCGGCUUCUUCCUCCUCGGACGCAUCGAUCGACCCCUGUGGUGGGUGUAGGUUUACUCCGGCCGGCGCAUCGAUCGAUUGGUAGGUACGUACAUGAUAACUCACCUCUUGUUGGGUCAUUUUAACUUGUGAAAGAAUUUGAUGCGGAUGUACUGAAUUUGAGAUUUUUGUUGUAGCUAGGAAAUGGAUGAGACGAUGUCUGUUGUUUGUGAGGUAGAGAAUGUUCCUGGAAUUGGAGUUCAUGGAGAUGAGUCAGAUAAUUCUAGAACGGGGCUUGGUAAUGAAUCUUUGUCAGGGAGGGAGAAUAUUUUCGUUGGUUCAAGGUCAGAUAAUUCCAUGAGCUCAGAGCAUGGGAUGGAAGCAAUUAUUAAUAUGGACGACAUUGACAAUGAUUAUGAGAGAGAUAUUAGUGAUGAUGUUGAGUUGGAUGAAAACAGCAAUGAGGAAAUAUUUGGACUUGAAAAUGUGUAUGACUAUUAUGGUGAAUCCGACAUGGAGAAUUGUUUUUAUGAUGAGUCAGUAGUUGGCAAACAUUAUGUGGAAGCAAAGCCGUCGAAUAGCAAUGAG